AAGAUCAGGAUACUGAUAUGGCGAAUCUUGACCCAAUCAUACAAAUUGAUCGAGGCUUAAACCGCAUUGAAAAUCAUCUUAGAGGAGUUGGGACACCAUUAAACAAUCCUAUCAAUAUUAUAAAUGGCAUUAGAGGAUCUUUGAAUGCUGUCCGACAUAAUUACCAAUUUGCAUAUCAGGAUAUAGAUAAUGUCAUCACCCAACGGGAUGAUCGAGACAAUCAAAUAUUGCAGUUACAACAGGAUGCCAAUAGAUAUAGAUAA